ACUGUCUGCGAGUGCGCUGCCGCAGCCUAAGGAGCAGGAAGUUCCCGUGGCCGACGGAGCCCGGGCAGGCUGUCGUCAUGUGACGCAGCGCACGGAGCCUCGCAAGCCGCUCCGCUUGGGUCGAGUUCGGUGAUCAGCGCCCGCCACGGGAGAGGCAGGCGAGGUGGCCGCCACAGCCGUAAUGCUCGCGCCACGGUGGCUGCUCGCCUCCCUUCCUCCCUGGCUCGGCGGCGGCGGCUCCCGAGGGUGAUUUCCUCGCCGCCCCUUCCAUGUAGCCCCUCCACAGCGGAAGCGUUUCUGCUCCAGGGACGACGGUAGCAGCGUGAGACCCGCCGCGCCGUAGCCUUGCGCGCCUGCCCGCGUUGGAUGGUGCUUCUCCUGGCCCCGUGGGUGCCGCGGGUGGCAGGACUAAUAUGCUCACUCGGGUGAAGUCUGCCGUGGCCAAUUUGAUGGGCGGCAUCAUGGCUGGCGGCUCGGGCUCGGGCUCGGAGCACGGCGGCGGCUUGGAUUUGCCUCUCCGCUUUCCCUACGGCAGACCCGAGUUCCUGGGGCUCUCUCAGGACGAGGUCGAGUGCUCCGCCGACCACAUCGCCCGACCCAUCCUCAUUCUCAACAAGGAGACCAAGCGCUUGCCCUGGACCACGGGAUACGCCGAGGUGAUCAAUGCAGGGAAAAGUACGCACAAUGAGGACCAAGCAAGUUGCGAAGUCCUUUCGGUGAAGAAGAAAAUGGGAGCAACUAAUUCAACACCAAACAGAAAUUCCUCUACUAAGCGGAGAUCAUCAUUGCCCAAUGGGGAAGGAUUGCAAUUGAAAGAGAAUUCAGAAUCGGACAGCAUCUCUUUCCAUUAUUGGUCAUUAUUUGAUGGCCAUGCUGGAUCUGGGGCAGCUGUGGUAGCCUCAAAGUUGCUGCAGCAUCAUAUUGCAGAGCAGUUACAGGAGAUUGUGGACAUCCUGAAAAACUCUGCUCUCCCUCCCCCAACCUGCCUGGGGGAAGAGCCAGAAAGCAUGAAUGCCAACAGCAGAACUCUAACCCGGGCAGCCUCAUUGAGGGGAAGCGUUGGAGCUCCAGGUUCACCUGGCACUCCACCUACUCGCUUCUUUACAGAAAAGAAGAUCUCACAGGAAUACCUCGUGAUGGGAGCGAUUGAGACUGCAUUCAGGGAAAUGGAUUUGCAGAUAGAGCGAGAAAGAACUGUCUACAACAUAUCUGGUGGUUGUACAGCUCUUGUUGUGGUGUAUUUACUAGGAAAGCUAUAUGUGGCAAAUGCAGGUGACAGCAGAGCCAUAAUAAUCAGAAAUGGAGAGGUCAUUCCAAUGUCUUCAGAAUUCACACCAGAAACAGAGCGUCAGCGGCUCCAGUAUCUGGCAUAUAUGCAGCCCCAUUUGCUGGGAAAUGAGUUUACACAUUUGGAGUUUCCAAGGAGAGUUCAGCGAAAGGAAAUUGGAAGAAGAAUGCUUUAUCGAGACUUCAGCAUGAUUGGCUGGGCAUACAAAACCAUUGAAGAGGAUGACUUGAAGUUUCCCCUUAUAUAUGGAGAAGGCAAGAAGGCUCGUGUCAUGGCAACUAUUGGGGUUACAAGAGGACUUGGAGAUCAUGACCUGAAGGUGCAUGACUCAAACAUCUACAUCAAACCUUUUUUGUCCUCAUCACCAGAGGUAAGAGUAUAUGAUCUUCUCCAGCAUGAGCAUGGACCAGAUGAUGUGCUAAUCUUAGCUACAGAUGGACUCUGGGAUGUACUAUUAAAUGAAGAAGUAGCAGAAGCUGUCACUAAUUUCCUGCCAAACUGUGACCCUGAUGAUCCACACAGGUACACACUAGCAGCUCAGGAUUUGGUAAUGCGAGCUAGGGGAGUGCUGAAGGACAGAGGCUGGAGGAUAUCCAAUGACCGGCUGGGCUCAGGAGAUGACAUUUCUGUCUACGUCAUUCCUUUAAUACAUGGAAACAAACUCUUGUAAAAGCAGCACCAGUGCUGGUAAUAGGAAAUGUUUGAUUAUUAACAAGGACCUUUGGAAAAGACAGUCUGUUGAUAAAUGCGAGUAGUGGUUCAAACAUAAAUUCUCUUAAGCUUGACUGACCUGCACUGUUUGUACCUGAAAUCUAGGGCUGAUCUGUACAUAAUCUCUUAGAAGUUGCAGCUUCCCUAAGCUUAUAUUAUUGGUGCAUAUAAGGACCAGAACGUUAAUGCUGCUAGUAUCUUAGUGCUUUCUUUUUAAUGUCCCUCCUGGUGAGGACACUGUUGUGAUCUGAUUGAAUUUAUUUUUCCCAGUUUAAUGUAGCCUAAAAUACUAAAUGAGAUGUGAAUUGGGAAGACCAUAAUUGAAACUGGAUAGGUAGCCUCUAUUUUCCCAAUCUCUGUGUUAGCUGACUUUAAUUUAGAACACAUUUAAUUUAUAAAUUACUAAAGUUAGGAAAACCUGAUACUCUAUUUAGGUAUCAUUUGCUGAAGACAGUGAUGUUUCAGUGGAGAACUUUUAGAGGGUUUUGCUUAUGCAUAUGAAUUCAAGCUUUUUUCCUCUUUCUACACUGUAAUGAAAAUGUACAGGUCCUUCUAUGUGCUUCGGGUGGGGAAAUCAGCUUUUUUUCUGGGUUCAGUCUAGCACCUGUCAGUAAAGUUGCCUAAGAGAAUAGGGAAAUACUGGGUGGUAAAUCUAUUUUUGUGCUAUCUUUGUGUCAAAUGUGUAGCUAUGAUGUAGCAGACUGGGAGAUUCUUUUUACUUAAUAUUUAUUUGGUAUCAGAUACUUUCAUGCAUUAGAUGCUUUGGUCUCCUCUGUAUACAGUAUUCCUAUUGAAAGAAUUUUCCCACAAAUACUGUUUAUUUGGAUGUACUGGAUAAAUGUUUGUCUUGUUUAUUCUUUAGCUACUUAAUGCUAGUGAGUUUUAGAACAUUCCUUUAGAACAAUAAGCUUCUCCCCUUUUCCUACUAUACUCUUUGAGCAUUAAUUCCUUUUACUGCUUCUGUUGUAUUCCAUUGCCAGGAUGCAGUAGGUAAAAUUGUAAAUUAUAAAUCCACGUAGUAUAGCAAGAGCUUUUGAAGAACAAGCUUCAUCAGUUUGUUUGUAAUUGUCAAUAUUAAUCAAAUAUCAAAAUAGAGAGUAACUAAUAUUCCAGUAAGAAACUUACUCAAGCAAAAAAUUCAUAAUUAUAUAUACAUCAUGCAAGCCACUUCUCCUGGAAUAAGAUGCUUGAGGUGGAUUUCUCAGGUAUUAUCUUCUUAGUCAAGAAAUCUAGUAACAUCAUUUAAAAAGUAAAUGACAUGGCUGGAAAAUAGUGAUCAACUUUUGAAAGAUCUAAAAUAUUUUAAACAUUUUCCAGAAAAGCUUUCAGCAUAACAAAGUAAUUGUUCUAGGUGUCUCUUCUUUCUUUUACACUUCUCCCAUCUUCAUAGUAUUCAGCCGAACUAUAAUAUUUAUUGUGGGGCAGGCAUUUCAUAUGCUGCCUUUGCAUCAGUACAAAUGUUUCUUUUAGUAGGGUACUAUACUGCUACUGUAAAUAAGUUUGAAUCUGUAACUGAACAGUGUAGAAGAUCAUCUAUGACAUCAACUAAAUCUGUAUGCAAUAACACAUGUAAUAGCAGGCUUCAUGAAAUCU